AUGAGGAGAGGUAGCAGGCACCUCAACGAUGAGGAGGAUGUCAGUGGAUGUGAGGACUGUGUCAUCGUCAGUGGGACCUGCAGUGACCAGUUUUCAGACACCAACACUGUUCCCUUGACCCAAGUCUUGGAGACAGUCUGCACAGUGGAGAGCAGAGAACCAGUUGGGAUUCAGACCCCUACUGUUGAAGCCUCCUGUGUUGUCCCUUAUCCUGUCUUUAGGAUCUAUGGUGCCAAUCAGAACUUUGUGCUGCAGAACAAGCUCACGACCAUCCAAGAGGAAAGUCUCCAGCCUGAUGAAGAUGUGAUACCCCAGAGCAUCAGUAUCCCAUUUGUUGACUGGAGCCCAGACAGCCAUCAGGAGGGCAUGGAUACCAGACAGGUGGAUGCAGAGAGCAGAGAUGGAGACGGCACUGAACAGAGUUUGCCUUUAUUUGUGUCUUGGCAGAAAGCCAGGGUGCGAGCUGGCAAGACCUUCCCCAGCAGCCCUGGAGACUCACUGGAGGACCAGCUGAAGCCCAUGCUGGAGUGGGCCCAUGGGGGCUUCAAGCCCGCUGGGAUCGAGGGCCUCAAACCCAACGACAAGGAACCAGAGAACAAAAGUCGAAGACGCACAACCAAUGACUCUGCUGCUUCUGAGUACUGUACCCCACCCAAGCGCCUCAAGACAAACAGCUAUGGUGGGAAGGACCGAGGGGAGGAUGAGGAGAGCCGAGAACGGAUGGCUUCUGAUGUCACCAACAACAAGGGCAAUCUGGAAGACCACUGUUUGUCCUGCGGUAAGAAGAACCCUGUGUCCUUCCACCCCCUCUUUGAGGGUGGGCUCUGUCAGAGCUGCCGGGAUCGCUUCCUGGAGCUCUUCUACAUGUACGACGAGGACGGCUAUCAGUCCUACUGCACCGUGUGCUGUGAGGGCCGUGAACUGCUUCUGUGCAGUAACACAAGCUGCUGCAGGUGCUUCUGUGUGGAGUGUCUGGAGGUGCUGGUGGGCACAGGCACGGCAGAGAAUGCCAAGCUGCAGGAACCCUGGAGCUGCUACAUGUGCCUGCCACAGCGGUGCCAUGGUGUCCUCCGGCGCAGGAAGGAUUGGAACGUGCGCCUGCAAGACUUCUUCACUACUGAUCCUGACCUGGAAGAAUUUGAGCCGCCCAAGUUGUACCCAGCAAUUCCUGCAGCCAAAAGGAGGCCCAUUAGAGUCCUGUCUCUGUUUGAUGGAAUUGCGACAGGGUACUUGGUGCUCAAAGAGCUGGGUAUUAAAGUGGAAAAGUACAUUGCCUCUGAAAUCUGUGCAGAGUCCAUCGCUGUGGGAACCAUUAAGCAUGAAGGCCAAAUCAAAUACGUGGAUGACAUCAGGAACAUUACAAAGGAACAUAUUGACGAGUGGGGCCCAUUCGACCUGGUGAUUGGUGGAAGCCCAUGCAAUGAUCUUUCCUGUGUGAAUCCCAUCAGGAAAGGCCUGUUUGAGGGCACUGGCCGACUCUUCUUUGAGUUUUACCGCUUGCUAAAUUAUUCACGUCCUGGGGAGGAGGAUGCCCGUCCAUUCUUUUGGGUGUUUGAGAAUGUGGUAGCCAUGGAGGUCGGUGACAAGAGGGACAUCUCACGAUUCCUGGAGUGUAACCCAGUGAUGAUCGAUGCCAUCAAGGUUUCUGCUGCUCACAGGGCCCGGUACUUCUGGGGUAACCUACCUGGAAUGAACAGGCCUGUGAUAGCUUCAAAGAAUGAUAAGCUCGAGCUGCAGGACUGCCUGGAGUUCAGUAGGACAGCAAAGUUAAAGAAAGUGCAGACAAUAACCACCAAGUCGAACUCCAUCAGACAGGGGAAAAACCAGCUUUUCCCUGUAGUCAUGAAUGGCAAGGACGACGUUUUGUGGUGCACUGAGCUCGAAAGGAUCUUCGGCUUUCCAGCUCACUACACGGACGUGUCCAACAUGGGCCGUGGCGCCCGCCAGAAGCUGCUGGGAAAGUCCUGGAGUGUGCCAGUCAUCAGACACCUAUUUGCCCCCUUGAAGGACUACUUUGCAUGUGAAUAG